GGCAUCAGUCUCCCAACAUGCAAACUUAUCUCUCUCUCCUCUCCAUCAACAUGAAGCUGAUCAUCCUCGCCUCCUUGGCCGUCGUGUCCCUGGCCGCCCCCAGGCCCGACAAACCAGUCCCAGCCCCCGCUCCCUCCUACGGCGCCCCCUCCCAGAGAUCCUUCGACCACUCCGCCGAAAACAUAGCCAUCCUCCGCGACGAGAGGCAGAUGUCUGACGACGCCACCAGCUACAACUUCGCCAUCGAGACUGAGGACGGAAUCCAACGCGAGGAAUUCGGUUCCGCCAUCGACCACGGAAGCGCAGAAGGAGCCGUCGCUCAGAGCGGAAAGGUCUCCUUCACCCUCCCCGACGGCCAACAGUUCGAGCUGACCUUCGUGGCUGACGAGAAUGGCUUCCAGCCCCAGUCUUCCUUCCUGCCAGUCGCUCCCGAAUUCCCCCACGAGAUUCCCCAGUUCGUCCUCGACCAGAUCGAAAAGGCAAGACGCGAGGACGAGGAGGCUGCCCGCUCCGCCCCACGAAGCAACGGUGGACCAUCCAACAGCUACCAGGCCCCUUUGUAAACAGCUUUAUAACGAACGACUUAUGUCGAAUUUCCGAAUCAACUAAUCACUUGGGGUUCAACAACCCCUAAUGAACGACUUCUCCUUGGAAGAAAAUACAACCGACUUCAACCGAGCUAGGAAUUUAAGUUGUAUUUAAUAAUUUAAUUUUCUCAGGUGAUCUACAAGCGAUCGCGUGAUGUACAUUUUGUAAAUAAACCUGCACAGUAUAAAGAA